UUGUGGUGAAACCCUAGCCGUCGCUCGCGCUCGUGCUCGCGCCGCCCACCUCCUCCCGUUCCUCCCACCUCGCCUCUCUCUUCCUCCCGCCCCUCCCGCCGCCACCCUGCCUCCUCUCCUCCCGUGGCCAUCGACCACCCGUCGAGAUUGCCUCUCCGCCGGCGCUCCUCUCCCCUCGCCAUCGCCGCUCUCCGCCGCCGGCUCCUUUCCCCUCCCCCCCCCCGGUUCUCCUGGCCCCGUCUGUCUCCGGUGAUGGCGACGUGACGGAGAUCGUGCUCGUGGUCGGCCGGCGGGCGGUGGCGCGACCAUCAGUUGUUGGCGCCAAAGCGCGGGGUCGCAGGGUGUGGGAAGAGGGAGGGGCAGAUGCGUGAGGAGGAGGAGACUGUGGUCAUGGUGGCGCGACAGAGGUCGUGGCCGGCCGAUGCGCCGUAGCAGGUGGUGGUGCGUGAGGAGGAGGGGGCCGUGGUCUUGGGAUUAGCUUCUUACUGGUGUAGAGCUCCUCCAUGGAAGCAUGAACGGGAUCUGGCCUGUCCACAUCCACGGUGGCUCAUGGAAACAGCGGCACCAUGGAGCAGGUGGUUGCACACUAUGGCGGCAGUCUCCCGAGAGAGAGCAUGGAGAUGGUGUGAGAGUAUCUUUUGAAUUGCUCAAAGAGAUUGAAUAUCAAACAAGUUGAUGCAGAAGAAGAGAUAAAGUCGGUCCACCUUUGCAUCCACAAUGUAAUACUGAGCUACAUGGGAAUUAUGGUGGCGCUGCUAUGGAAUUGUGCUUAAUGCAAAAAGCUGCCAUUGUUUGUUCCUAUGUCUAGACCAGGCUAAAAAUGUCAAUUCAGGUGAAUGAAGUGCAGUGUAUCGGUAUUAUUGUCCAUCAAAGUUCCAUUUUUAUUCACUAGAUAAAUACGAGCUUAAACAUCAUGAGUGUCGCUUAACAGGUAAGUCUACAUUUUUUGCAAGUCUAUCUAAUCAUAUUGAAGCUAUUACCCUGACCUUAUUUUUUUGGAUUUGUGUCAGAAUUAUUUAUUAUUCCUGUUUCAUGGAUUUGCUCCUUAUUUUGUAAUGCAUUUUGUAUAUUUGAAAUAAGACAAUUUAUUGUUUAGUUAGGAGUACUUUAUUUGUAGAAUGAGGAGAGAAAAUGGUGUUUAUGAAUGGCUGCCGGUUAUUUUUACUAGCAACAACACAUAGGCCAUACGUGUACAUGUGUCCUUACUGUAUGGGAAUGACGAGAAAACCAACGAUUAUGAAUGAUUGUUAGUCAUUUGAAUAGCACAAACAAAAUACGGGUCAUGCUUGUACGUGUUACCAUUCUACAUGUAAUGCAAAUGCAAUGUCCUGAGUUUGAACAACAACAGAGUUGAUGGGUUAUAAUUCUUGAAAGUUUAAAUCAUCUCUGCUGCUCCAACCAAGUGUUCAAGUGCAAUUUAUUUUAUUUCAAGCCAAAUUCCCUCUAUUAUUAUGUUGAACUUUUUAGGGAAGGCGACCAAGGAGCUCGUGGCAGCCGUGUCAUGCCUGCUCGGUGCUCCCUCGACUCGCCGCCAAUGUCACUGGCGGUGCCGCGGCAGUGCAUGAUUGUUUUGGGUCCAGUGAAUGGGCGCUGAGGAUGUUUGAUUGCCAUGCGAAUGCGAAAGUGAUAGAGCUUGGUAUAUGUGUGAUGUUUUUUCUCUCCCGUAGCAACGCACGGGCAUGUUUUGCUAGUUUUCAAUACUACAUUAUGAGGGCAAGAUCAUCCAAUGGGGCCAACCACCAACACCAUGCUCCUCCAAAGGCAUUUGAUUAAGUCAAAGGCAACAUGAAGGUAUGACAACGAUCAAGUUCCUUAAGUUGAUUGGUUUCCUUUUCUGCAUUCCUUUUUCUAUGGUCUCAUUUGGCAUUCCUCCUCAUGGCUAUUAUGUUGUACCUUUUGGGUUGUCAGAUGCUUCACCCCGGCAACAUGGUUAGAUUCCUUGCUUUCUCCAUGUGAAUUUUUCCAAAAAACUUCUCUAUUUAAGGAACCAUUUUUUCUUAUCGGUGUAGAAAGAGAAGGGUCAAAGUGAUCUUUUCCCACGGUAAUCACCACUGUUUAUUUUAGGCUUAUGUGCCUGAUUGUUUUUAGGAUCUCUGUGUCAAGAAGGGGAUAUAUCAAAGUAGUGUCUCAUGUUCUAAUUAUAAAUGAAGAGAAGAGAAAGUUGAGAACUUCGUAAUUGCAUAGUAAUCAUGGCUAGAUCGUAGAGUUUAGAGAUGUACAAAUGGUUGAUUAAAAAUAUAUAUUUAUAUUUGCAGCAACACAAUGGUUCAUGCCAGGUAAAUAUUUUUGUAGAAUAUAAGUCAGGUUUAGAACUUUUGACCACGAUAGCUGAAAAAACAAAGUAAAUACAUCAUAUAUAUAUUCAGUAUAAUGUAUAUUUAAAUAUUCAUGGCGCUGCGUAAGCAUAAUUCAGUUCCCUGGGAGCACUAGCUGCUGGCGUAUACAUGUAUUUCUUGAUUCUAAUAAGAUGCAGCCAAUCUUAGAAAAUAUAGUAAGCACCUAUCAUGAAAUUUUAAACUGGCGUGAUGUGUCUCUCUGUUAAUAACUAUCGUGCUUGCAUAGUUGGUUGAUUUCUUUGAUUAUAAUCAAACUGGACCGUCAUUAUAAUCAAAUUGGACCGUCAUGAUCAAAGAAAUACAUGUACCAAAGUCACAUCUGUUUAGACCAUAAUUAGGCAUACAAUUGCUCCUUCAAAUUAUUGUGAUAUUGUAGUGCUCUUUAGUCUAAAAAAUUAUGUAUUGUGGUGCUGCACCUUCUUUUCUCUUCUUUCUAGGACAUAUACUCUGCAUGGGAAGUUGCCUACUUGCUAUGAGCUUCAGACACAUCGGUAGCCGCUACACCUUUCGAUUCUAUGUACUUUUGUUAAUAAUCUGCCCAGGACACUUUACUUUUGCUGUGACCUGUCAUUUUUGUGAGCCGCGGAUGAUUUUGGCAUUGAUGUUCUCAUUCAAGUCAUCUUAUCUUCGCAAGCCUACUGAUAGAAUACACUCAAGAUAGGGCACCAUCCUAUGUUUAUAAGCUUAUAGGAAGCAAACAUUUUCAUUAUCUUUGACACUUAUAUUGUCAUUAUAUUAACUUGUGUAGCAGAGUUUUAAAAUCAGAAUGGGGCAAAUGUGUCUACUAUGACAAAGUGAAGACAAAACGAAUGCAUCGAGUUACUAAUGCAGUGGUUUCGAUGAGAACUGAAACCUUUCACUUUCAAGGUUUGACAUUGAUAUCAACUAUGAUUAUUUAAUCGAGAAAUUCAAUUCAUAUGAAGCGAAAGAAAAGCAUGCAUUUCCUUACAUUGACAGUGAUUAUUAGCCCAUUGUGGUAUUUCAAAUUAUGAUAAAGAAUAUAUUUCAUGACCAAAAUUUGGGAUUUGGAGAAUCUCAGUUCUGAUAUGUACAUGCAUCUCCUUUUAUUUUGUCAUGCUACUAAAUGUUUUGAUAUGAGACUACUUAUUCUGUGUAUCUCUUAUAAAUAUAAAAUGGUCUAUAUGUAAAGUUUUCCAAUUUUAAUUACAUUAUGUUGUCGAUGAUGCAUGGUUCUGGAAUUUGGAGAUUAACAUUUCAUAAUCUCAUGUGCUGAAUUGGAUGCUGCCUUGCUUCCUGGGAGAGUGAAUGUUUCUUCUUACCCUUGAACACUAUAAUCGGUAGCUUUGUUACAUGUGCUAGACUUGCCUUCAUACUAAUACAUCAUGCUGUUUGAUCUUCCACGACUUGACAAUAUUGUUGGGACAUGCACCCUCGCGCGUUGCCGAUCUAGUGUACAACAGCAGCCCACUGCAUGCGCGCGCGGUGGCUGAGCCGGCAGAUGGGUUGCUUGGCCGGGUGUGCAGCAGAGCCUUGACGACGAUGCUCAUGUUUGGCCGGAAAUCCGCCUCGUACUGCACGCACAGGGCAGCCACGGCAGCCAUCUGUUUGCCACAAGAUAAAAAUAUGGAAAUGGCGGACGAUGAGUUAACUGAUAUGAUGUAUGACAUGGAGUUUGGAGAACUGAUGAAAGACUGGAUAGAAGAUUGGUCAGAUGAUGAAAAUUCAGAUCGUGGAGAUAGGUCAUAGAAUGGGAACGUAUUGGAAGAUCUUAAUAUGGAUGAACAUGAUGAUGGUCAGGAAAACAAUGAGCAUGAUGAUGGUGAGGAAAACAACUCGAAGAUUUCGAAUGAAGAUUACAUUAGUCAGCUCAUUUCCGAAUGUCAUAAUGCGUACGACUAUUACGGUGAAUCCGACGCGGAGACAGGCCUUGAUGUCGAAUCAUUAGCUGCAUCUGAUUCUGGGGAGUCGCAAUCGUCGGUCAUCAUGAGUGAGGUGACAUAAGUUGAGGGGAAAAAGAAUGUCCAAGAUACUGCUAGUGCAGAUGAUAAGAGGGAUAUGUUCAUGCAGAUAAUACAAAUGACUUUUACGUCUCACGAGGCUGCGUAUGAUUUCUACAACAGCUAUGCUAGAGAUAAUGGUUUCAGCAUUAGAAAGAAUAGGGUCAGGUAUAGCAAAACCGAGUCACGUCAUAUGCGUUAUAGGUGGUUUGUUUGUUCCAGACAAGGAAAAUGUGACAGCAGGUUGCUAACCGAGGAAGGACACAGCCGUAGGCUCAGACCCGAGACACGCUGCCACUGCGAAGCGCACCUGACCGUGAAGCUUGACCAAAAGCGUGGGGUUUGGUAUGUUGAUAGUUUUGAGGACAAGCAUAGCCAUAUCUUGGUAGGACCGGAUGAGGUACCUUUUCUUUGGUCCCACAGAAAAAUCAAAGAGUACCAGAGAGCUGAGAUACUGUCCAUGGGAGCUGCAGGGAUUAGAAUUCACGACAUGAUGGAUACCUUCAUCAACAAACAUGUAUGGUAUGGCGGUGUUGGUUUUACCAGGCGUGAAAUAUACAACCUUUACGCCAGGGAGAAGAGGAAGCUGCUUUCAAAAGGUGAUGCUGCCACAGUCAUAGGCAUCAUGGUCAGUAGGAAACAGAGGGAUCCUAACUUCUUUUUCGAGUACAAGCUAGACAAGGAAGGACAUAUGAAUAGGAUGUUCUGGUGUGACUCCCAGUCUCGUCAUGACUAUGAGGACUUCGGCGACGUGCUUGUAUUUGACAGCACGUACAAGAUGAACCGGUAUGGUAUGCCAUUCAUACCCUUUGUUGGUCUUAACAAUCACCGGAAGACCACUGUUUUUGCUUGUGCCAUAGUUUCGGACGAGACCGAAGAGACAUAUGUGUGGCUGCUGGAGACUUUCUUGAGGUCCAUGUGUCAAAAGAUGCCGAAGAGUGUUAUCACGGACGCCGACGCUGCGAUGAUCAAGGCAAUUCGCCAAGUCUUGCCAGACACCGUAUAUGUACGUGGCAUAUAGAGAAAAAUAUGAAGAUUCACCUCAGUCACAAGUCCUUGAAGGAGUUCCGAACUCUUCUGUACUACAGCACGUCCACGGCCACGUUUGAGGAGAGAUGGCACGCGUUUUCCAAAAGAUGGCAGUCGGAAAAAACAGUAACAUGGUUGAGACGGAUGUAUAAGAAGAGGAGACUGUGGGCUGCGGCUUAUCUGACAGAGGGUUUUUGGCUUGGCAUGAAAAGCAACCAGAGGAGUGAAAGUCUAAACUCAUGCCUUCACCUUCACCUAGACGGUGAAAUGACCCUGGUGGAUAUGAUUUUGCACUAUGAGAACGCCGUUGUACGUAUCCGUGAGAAUGAGGCACGAGAUGAUUGCACGGCCUCACAGAGUUUACCGGUGCCAGUUACUAGCUCGAGGGAACUUGAGAUAGCUGCUUCUGACGUCUUCACUCCAGCAAACUUCUAUAUGUUGCAAGCUGAUCUUAGGAAAAUUGGUGGCAUCGAGAUUGUAGAAAUAAAGCUCGGAGACGGAUCACAGCAGUACAUCGUGGCCUGGAAGAAUAACUGGAAGAGCCGUUUUUGGGUGGAGUACACUCCAGUAAAUUCCGCAGAAACUAUAAGGUGCAGCUGCAGAAGAAUGAUUCGAAAGGGUCUACCUUGCAAGCACAUAUUCCAUGUACUGAAGUACUUGAAUAUAUCUGAAAUACCAAAGUGUUUAGUUCUUGUGCGGUUCACGAAAGAUGCAAGGUUGGGACUGCCCGCCAGGCGCACAAGCGAUCUGUUGGGAUUUGGAUGGACUGGAGCAGCUGAAGAAAUGAAAUAUAGCCAGGUCAGUGUGUUGGCUUCAGAAGCUAUGCAUGCAGCAUGCAAACACCCAACUUUGUGGGAUCAGUUACAGGAGAGUUUGAAGACCGUGAUAGCUAAGAGCCAUGAGUAUGAUCAGCUAAAGGAAAAUUUGAGUAAGAAAACGGCUGAUCUUAGUACUUGUGCAAUCGAAUAUGUAGACGAUGGUGAAGGCAACAUAGUUGAAGUUCAUGAUCCUAUUAAAGUAUCAACGAAAGGUGCAACUAAGGUAGAUGAGAACCGCCCUAUGUCGAAAAAUGGUAGGCCACUUUCGUACGACGAGAUCAGAAUCAGGUGCGGCGCAUGCAAAUUGCUAGGGCACACUAAACGCAGCAAGAAAUGCAAACUAAAUAAGAAAAGCGUGGUGGGCGAAGAAGAGUAGAACAGUUGCUAAAGUUAUGUUAGGAUGAAUCCAGUGAUCUAAUAGUGAGGUGUUUACAAUGUGUUACUGCAUACAUGAUACAUGAUAUAUACUAUUGCAAGAGGCCAGUACCUUGAGAUAGUGGUUGUAGCAUAUAUGGACUAAACACGAGGCGGUCACUAGGGACUUUAAUCAUGG